CAGUCCAUGGGGUCGCAAAAGUGUGGGACACGACUUAGCGACUAAACAAUGAUAACAGCAAGGGUGGUCGAGGAGAAGUUGCUGGAUGGGCCAACUUCUGGCCAGAGCUUUGAGCCUGAGUGUCCUGACCCUCCAGCUAUGAUGGGAGCCCAACCGGAGCAAGCUCAGAAGCCCAGCUUGCGGGUCCAGAACCUGUUUAAGAGGGUCAAGGCCUUCUUCACCAAAACUGGCCCCCCAGCCCCACCCCCAGCCCCCUCCCGGAACCUGGGCUGUACCCAUGUAUACGGGUACGUGUUUGGGCACCUGGGGGAAAGAGAACCGGAGCAUCCCCCAUCGCAGCAGGUGAGCUUGGGAACCACAGGCCCUGAAGAAACUGCAGCUGGAACUGCAGAGGGAGAAGGUCGCCCUGCCCACCCUCUCUGUAUGGCCCACUCCCCUCCAAGCCGGCCUGGGUAGAAUGCCACCUGGAAGCUGUGGGGACCAGGGCAAGCCUUGGACUGGAGCCGAGGGGGAGGGCAGGUUCUAGAGAUGUGUCAGGAAAAGGACCACCAGCCUGGAUGAGUGUGGGUGGGAGCUGGGUCUGUCCUGCAGGUGCUGGACACAGGGGAGCAGCUGAUGGUCCCCGUGGACGUCCUGGAAGUGGAUAAUGAGGGAGCCUUGUGGAAGUUCCUCCUCUCGGGAGCCAUGGCUGGGGCAGUGUCUCGCACGGGCACGGCCCCUCUGGACCGUGCCAAGGUGUAUAUGCAGGUCUACUCCUCCAAGAAGAAUUUCAUGAAUCUGCUGGGAGGUCUCCGGAGCCUGAUCCAGGAAGGGGGCAUCCGUUCACUCUGGAGGGGCAAUGGUAUUAACGUGCUCAAGAUUGCUCCAGAGUAUGCCAUCAAGUUCUCUGUCUUCGAACAGUGUAAAAACUACUUCUGUGGAGUGCACGAGUCCCCACCCUUUCAGGAACGUCUCCUCGCCGGCUCUCUGGCUGUGGCCACUUCCCAGACGCUCAUCAACCCCAUGGAGGUGCUGAAGACGCGGCUGACCCUGCGCCGGACUGGCCAGUACAAGGGGCUGCUGGACUGUGCCAGGCAGAUCCUGGAGCAGGAGGGCACCCGCGCCCUUUACCGCGGGUACCUCCCCAACAUGCUCGGCAUCAUCCCGUAUGCCUGCACCGACCUGGCCGUCUAUGAGAUGCUCAAGUGUCUUUGGCUGAAGUCAGGCAAGGACAUGAAGGACCCUAGUGGCCUGGUCAGUCUAUCAUCUGUGACACUGUCCACCACCUGUGGACAGAUGGCCAGUUACCCGCUGACUUUGGUGCGCACCAGGAUGCAAGCCCAAGACACUGUGGAGGGUUCGAACCCCACCAUGUGUGGAGUCUUCCGGAGGAUCCUGGCCCAGCAGGGCUGGCCAGGGCUAUACCGAGGCAUGACCCCCACAUUACUGAAGGUGUUGCCUGCAGGCGGCAUCAGCUACGUGGUGUAUGAAGCCAUGAAGAAGACCCUGGGAGUAUAAGCAGUGAACUAGGCGACAUACCCUGGGCAGAAAUGGAGGGGAAGAUCCAGUGUCCCCUGGCCCCAAAGGGCCUUCCAGGCUUGGGACCGAGGGCAGAUUUGUCAGGAGAAGCAGGCUGGUUGCUGGGUCAGAAAAUUCCUGGUGCCUCCUCUCCUGGGUGCAGCCUGGGACUAGUCUGGACUCCAGUUUGGCUUGCUGCGACUUGUCCUGAUUCCAUGGCAAAAGGGUGAAUGUGGAAACAAUGAGGAAUAAACAGAUGGCUUCUGCUG